CCGGAGCGGCGUACACGGCAAGCAGAUGAACUUCGCCAACAAGUUCGCGAGGUUCCAGCAGAAGUGGGUGGGCUCCCCUCAAAAGUUUCUUCCUCCCGAUGGUGACUAUCCCGGCGGCUCCACCGGCAUCCCCCUUGACGGCUACGUCGCUUACGAGACGGGAUGGGCCAACGACGGUCCCUACCACGGCGAGCUCGCGCCCAUGCAGGAAGCAGGCAUCGCCUCCAAGGGUGUGCGUCCACAGCAGCUGAGAUUCCGGGGGUCGAAGCUGAACAGGAAGCAGAAGCUGGGCGAUGAGACUUUCGGUCGUGAGAUGGACGAGAAAGUUCCCGCCAAGGACAUCAGCAGGGACCUCUAUGCUGCUGCGAGGCCUCGCAGCGCCACCAUCGACGCCAUGAGCGACCUUGUGUAGGCUAGAGAAGACAGGAGGAGACACUUAAAUUUGAACGCUAGAGGAGGAGAAGCCGCGGCUGCUCGUCGUAUUUACAAUGAACGUCAGGAGGCGAAG